CACAGUUGACGAUAUGCCACGUCUUUGAAAGUGCAGCAUCCAAUCAUCAGAACACACAGGUAGAAAUAACCAGGAUACUGAAGCUUUCAUCAUUAGUACAGCAGAUCCUGUUCCAGACGUUGCAAGAUGGCAGGUCGUCGAUGCAUUUUGGCACUGAAUCUGCUAGCAGUGGCAGUAGUGCUUUUAGCUGCCCACCAGACCAGGGCACAUUCCCAUUCUCAUGGAGAUCAUGGGCAUCACCAUGACCAUGGGCAUGGCCACGGGCACCAUCAUCAUGGGCACGACCACGGGCACGACCAUGAUGCACCGAAGAUGUUUCAUGGAGCCAGCAAGUGGAGUGCUGAGGCCAACCUCCCAACAGGUGAAGAGGAGAUCCCUGAUCACCAUGGGCACGCGCACGACCACCAUGGACACGCGCACGAUCACCAUGGACACGCACAUGAUCACCAUGGACACGCACAUGACCACCAUGGACACGCGCACGAUCACCAUGGACACGCGCAUGACCACCAUGGACACGCACAUGAUCAUGCUUCUGAGCUGAAGCAGGAAGCUGAGCCAGAAAAACGUGACUUGGUGGAGCUAUGGAUGCAGGCGAUAGGUGCCACUCUGCUGAUCAGUGCCGCACCCUUCCUCAUCCUCUUCCUCAUCCCAGUCCAGUCCAACACGGACCAGCACCAGAACCUGCUUAAAGUGCUGCUCAGCUUUGCGUCGGGCGGACUGCUGGGAGACGCCUUCCUCCACCUCAUCCCUCACGCGCUGGAACCUCACUCUCACCAUGGAGACGAGGGACAUGGGCACGCCCAUGCCAGCGAAGAGUCACAUGACCACGGCCACUCUCACGGUGCCAAACACGCUCACAUGAUGUCUGUGGGCUUGUGGGUGCUGGGUGGUCUCAUGGCCUUCCUGAUGGUGGAGAAGUUUGUCCGUCUCCUGAAAGGAGGACAUUCCCAUUCACACGGACACGGACACUCCCAUGGUGCUAAAGCAAAGGACAGCGAUGGAGAGGAAGAAGAGAAGGAAGAGAAGAAGGAAGAAGACAAGGAGGACAAAAAGGCACCCAAGACAGUGGAGGAGAAGGGAACAGAUAUUAAAGUGUCUGGCUACCUGAAUCUCGCCGCUGAUUUUACGCACAAUUUCACGGACGGCCUGGCCAUUGGCGCAUCCUUCCUGGUUGGGCCUACGGUUGGCUUGGUAACCACCAUCACCAUCUUGCUGCACGAGGUGCCUCACGAGAUCGGUGACUUUGCCAUCCUCGUCCAGUCUGGCUGCACUAAGAAGAAGGCUAUGUGUCUCCAGCUCCUGACUGCCGUCGGAGCGCUCGCUGGCACGUCCUGCUCUCUCCUGGCCGAGGGCGUAGGCGCUGCCGCCACGGCGUGGAUCCUCCCCUUCACCGCCGGCGGCUUUGUUUACAUCGCCACGGUGACGGUCCUGCCCGAGCUGCUGGUGGGCCGGUCCAGCCUUGGCCAGUCGCUGCUGGAGAUCCUGGCAAUGCUCCUCGGAGUCGGCAUGAUGGUGCUCAUUGCUGAGUACGAGUGAUCUCGCAAAGUGUGGGACGGAGCGAGGGAUGACUGAACGAGGGAGAAGUUGGACAGAGGGGAGGGGAUGGAGGACAGGAAUGGUGAUUAGGAGAUUGGGAACAAUGGAGAAUCGUCACGCUGAACUGUGUUACUUUUGGAGCUGAGAGAGAAGGCUCUGGAGGAAGGUGGGUGAGAAAAAGGUCAUAUUGUGGCUAGAGCACCAGCAGUGGACUCUGUCAUGCUGUGCAGGUUCAGUCAUCGCUUCAGAGAGGGGUUACACCACAAGAGAGACUUGGCAGGCACUAAAAGGAGUGUAUGAAAUGGGUGUCUAGUCCCUCCAGCACCAUGUAACGUCCAUUUUCAUUCCAGCGGGUCUCAAAAUGGGAUCACACUUCACUCGUUUCAUACCCUACAUUUUACUCCUACACUGCGCAGAAUAAAUUAGGUGUUGAUUCAACAAGGAAUCAGGUGUUGAAUCAACCACAUAACCUAUGUUUGUGCUGUUUUUACUUUAACUGUUUGUUUUUAUUUUGUCAGAUGUGUAAGUUGUGUUGAAAAAUUGUGCUUUUAUAAAAUUUUGUUUUAGAAUUUUUCAAAGGAUAUGCGCUAUCAAUGUGCUUGGUGUCCAUGAGACUCGUUUCCUGCCUGUCUGGUCCUUUUACGGAUUUAGACAAUUUUGCGAAUGUCAGCUGUUUUUCCCUGAAGAGAAUGUUAAUGGUUAAGAGAUCAGAUUUGUGGCUGUUAAGAAUCCUCACCAGAAUCACUGCGUGCAAGUCAUUGGAGAGAAAGGCAGAGCUACUAUUAGGAUUUAGUCAACAUAAGAUGCUUGUUUUGUGGCGUUUGAAUAUGCUAAAACCACUGUCUUUUCCGCUCUAGUGGUUUCCUUUUUGAGCAGAGCUUCUUGUGGAAAUAACUUCGGUAAUGAAUGUAGUCCACCGUCUCGUCAUGAGCAUCUGUACAAACAGCAGCUUAAUUCAACUUAUUGAAUUAGUAUCGUAUAGUAUCGUUAUUGAUAUGGAACUGGAACAGUUGUUCAUGGGUCUUUUCACCUCUUACAGACGUAGAGCCUAUAGUGUUGAGUUUCUCCGAGUGUUUUUUUUUUUCUCUUAUUCAUCUUUUUGUCCCCCCCCGCCCCCCCUCCCACAAGUUUACAUUUGAGUGAAUACAAAUGUCUUGUGUGUCUUCAAGACAAUCAUGACUGACUGUUUUCGGGUCUCCCUCAUCCCACACACCUGUCCUCAAACACUCACACACGCACAUACUCCUACACACACACACACAACUUUUACGUGAUUUCUUUGUGAUGGACCAAACUGAGGAUAGACAGACUGAUGAGAUGAAAUGAAAGUUUCUGUAUGCCUCUUGUUUUCAUUAAAAAUGUACAUUGGUAGACACCAGACCUCUGA